AUGGCAGAGCCGGAGGCCAGUAGCUUUGCGGCGCCGAAAGAGGACGAAGAUGAGCAAGAGCCGUUCUGCACGGGAAAAUGCACAGCCGAGUCGUUGAUCGUCUUCUUCGUUUACACCCUGGUUGUCUUUGGCUGUACACUUCUGGCUAAGUUCGGCAGUUGGAGCCUCAUCGUCACCGCUACAGUCCCCGCGGCCGUUCUUUUCCUCUUUGUUUUCUAUGUUUUCGGACGUCAGAUACCUUCGAAACAGCUCGCCUACGUGGCACUCUCGACGCUGGCGCUUGCAGUUCCCCUCUCGUUGGUGCUGCCGGUGGUGAGGUCAGGAUGGAUGAUGGUAAUCCGCCUCCUCGACUUCGCCACGUAUCGUCCAGAUAAGCCCUGGUUUGUGAGACCAGGGUACCCGCUGUGGAGUUUCGUCGAUACAUUCCUGUUGGAGGCUACCAUACAAGAGCUGAUCAAGUAUGCGGUGAUCUACAAGGCUUUCUCAAGGAAACUGAUCCAACGACCAGGCGAUUUGAUCGUGUACAGCGCCGUCGCUUCUUGCGUGAUUGCUACGAUCAUCAGGUGGCCAAUCCUGCUACACGGGGCUCCAAUCUUCGCGAGUCACAUCCUCAGACUCAUCAACGAAGUGGAGAGUCGCCUAAAAGACCAGUACGGAGGUCCGUGA